AUCAUGCAAAACCAAAGCUUCAUAACUGAAUUUGUCCUCUUGGGGCUUUCAAAGAAUCAUACUAUUCAGAAAAUAGUAUUUGUUGUGUUUUUGUUGGUCUACAUUGCAAGUAUUGUAGGCAACAUGCUGAUUGUACUGACCAUCCUCUGUAACCCUGCACUGCUGGGCUCCCCCAUGUACUUCUUUUUGGCAUCAUUAUCCUUCCUGGAGGCCUGUUUAUCCUCUGCCAUCACACCGAAAAUGAUUGCAGACUCCCUUUAUGAGAGGAAAACCAUCUCUUAUAAAGGAUGCAUGAUUCAACUUUUUGCUGAACAUCUAUUUGGUGGGGCGGAGAUGAUCAUCCUCACUUCCAUGGCUUAUGAUCGAUAUGUGGCCAUUUGCAAGCCCUUGCACUACUCUUCCAUCAUGAACUGGAAGCUCUGUGGCAUUCUGAUGGUGGUGGCCUGGUCAGGGGGCUUCUUGCAUUCCAUUACAGUGGUUCUGUUGACUUUCCAACUGCCCUAUUGUGGGCCUAAUGUCAUUGAUCAUUUCAUGUGUGACUUGUACCCAUUAUUGGACCUGGCCUGCACUGACACUCACGUCCUUGGCCUUUUAAUGGUUGCCACGACUGGGUUUAUGUGCAUUAUAAUCUUCUGCUUGUUGCUGGUCUCCUAUGGUAUCAUAUUGUUCUCCCUGAGAAAACACAGUGCUGAGGGGCGGAGGAAAGCUCUGUCCACCUGUGGAUCUCACAUUGCUGUUGUGGUUUUGUUUUUUGUCCCAUGCAUAUUUAUAAAUGCCCGGCGUCCUUCUGUCUUUUCCUUUGACAAACUGGUAGAAACCUUUUAUACCAUGUUCACCCCCUUGCUCAAUCCCUUGAUUUAUACUUUCAGAAAUAAGGAAGUGAAAAAUGCUAUAAGGAAAAUGUGGAAGAGAUUGGUGUUAGUUUCUGAUGAAAAAUAUUAG